AAGAGAGAGAGAGAGAGAGAGUGAGAAAAGGGAAGCCUGGACCUCUUGUUGCAGUUGUUGGCCGUCUGUCUGAAGAAGGAGAAGAAGAACUCCUGUGCUCUGUUUAUUUGUAGGUCAUGUUGCCUCAGUGUGAGAGAGCGAGGAGUAUAAGUGGACGUCCAGAAGGUCCAUAUCGGGCGGUAGAAAGCAUAGAUGCUCUUGCUACGCAGGGCUUUGGCUUUAAUGGAGUGGACACUCUGGACAAACUUUUUGUACAUGCUGUGAAGAGAUUCAAUCAGGCUCCCUGUUUGGGCACCAGAGAGGUGCUUAGCGAAGAAGAAGAAAAACAACCCAAUGGGAAGAUCUUCAAAAAGCUGGUCUUGGGGAACUACAGCUGGAUGAACUAUGAAGCCGCUGACCAUGCAGUGGAGUCUUUUGGCAGUGGUCUGGCAGCUCUGGGUCAAAAGCCACGUCAAACCAUUGCCAUCUUCUGCGAGACACGGGCAGAAUGGAUGAUCGCAGCGCAGGCUUGCUUCAGACGCAACUACCCAUUGGUGACUCUGUAUGCGACUCUGGGUGAAGAUGCUGUUGCUUAUGGGCUGAAUCAAUGCGGUGCCACUCAUCUCAUCACCAGCACAGAACUGCUGCAAAGCAAACUGAAGAAUGUUUUGUGUGCAGUCUCUGGGUUGCAGCAUGUUAUCUAUGUAGGCAGUGGUGAGGUACAUCAAGCUGAUUACCCACAAUCCCUCAUCAUCCACAGCAUGCAGGAAGUUACAGAGCUCGGGGCGAAGCCAGAGAACUUAAAUGUAGAGUAUGAGAGGCCGAGUGCAUCUGAUCUGGCAGUGGUGAUGUACACUAGUGGCUCUACAGGGAAUCCUAAAGGAGUGAAGAUGCAGCACAGUAAUCUGAUUGCUGGGAUGGCGGGUCAGUGUCAGCGCAUCCCGGGCCUGGGGUCUCAGGACACAAUAGUAUCUUAUCUUCCACUGGCUCAUGUACUGGAAUUAACAGCAGAAAUCUCCUGUUUGUCACAUGGCUGCAGACUUGGAUAUUCCUCUCCACACACACUCACGGACCAGUCCAGUAAAAUAAAGAAAGGCAGUAAAGGAGACUGUUCUGUGCUUAAACCCACUCUGAUAGCAACAGUGCCGGAGAUCAUGGACCGAAUCUGCAAGAAUGUUAAUGGGAAGCUGCAAGAGAUGUCUGUCAUAAAGAGGACUCUGUUUAAAUUGGGUUUUGAUUAUAAACUACAGCAGGUCUCAAAAGGAGCCGAUUCUCCCAUGUGUGACAUGCUGUUCUUCAAUCAGGUGAAUACGCUUCUGGGAGGUUGUGUGCGCCGUAUGUUGAGCGGAGGGGCUCCGCUGUCUGCUUCCACACAGAGAUUUAUGAACGUGUGUUUCUGCCCCAUUUCUGUGGGUUAUGGCCUUACAGAGACGUGCGGAGCUGGCACUAUAUCAGACUCUUCUGAUUACAGUACAGGACGAGUUGGAGCUCCACUCAUUUGCUCUGAAAUAAAGCUGCGAGACUGGCUUGAGGGUGGAUACACCAGCCAGGACAAGCCUCACCCAAGAGGGGAGAUUUUAAUUGGUGGACCAAAUGUUGCCAUGGGAUACUACGGGAGUGAGGGGGAGGGGCAAAACGACAACUUCUGGGUCGACGAAGCAGGCCAGCGCUGGUUCUCUACUGGAGACAUCGGGGAGGUUCAUCCAGAUGGUUGUCUGGAAAUUGUGGAUCGGAAGAAGGACCUGGUGAAGCUGCAGGCAGGUGAAUAUGUGUCUCUGGGAAAGGUUGAAGCUGCCAUGAAAAACAGCCCCCUCAUUGAUAACAUCUGCGUCUAUGCUAGCAGUGACCAGAACUAUGUGAUCAGCUUUGUGGUGCCCAAUCAGAAGAACUUGACUGAGCUGGCAAAAAAGAGCGGGAUAGAUGGCGAGUGGGACGACAUUUGUAACCAUACUAUGAUGGAGGAGGAGGUGCUGAAAGUCAUCAAAGAGAUUGCAGUCACAAGUAAACUGGAAAGGUUUGAGGUUCCACAGAAGAUCCGUUUAAGUUCUGAGCCUUGGACUCCAGAAACAGGACUGGUGACAGAUGCCUUCAAAUUAAAGAGGAAAGAGCUAAAAAAUCAUUAUAUGAAGGACAUUGAGAGGUUAUAUGGGGCUAAGUGAUGAACCUUGAACACCCAAUGAGGCUGAUUCUCUACUGUUUUACACUUUUCACUAAACAUGAAAAAAGAAAGCCAACUGGGAUUUGUCCAUGUCCAUUUUACUGCCAACCCUGCUGACCUAAGUAGAAACACCAUUCUGCCCUCUGCUGGAUGUAAAUUGUCAUUAUUUCCUCUGUGAGUAAGUACUGUGAGGAAUAGCUUAAUUUAAAAGCAGUAAAGUUGCAGUGAAGUUGUAUUAAUUAGUAUUUUUUUACUCCAAAAGGUGCCUUAAAGCAUAGCUAUGUCAAAUUUUUUUUUUUUAUAAAUUGUGCCAUAUCUACUUGAAAGUGUUUUUGGGAUGUAAAGUGUCACGUUUUUAGACUGUCCAUGUGAUUGUUUUUGUUAAAAGUCAGUUGAACAAAUGCUGAUGCAAUGUUAUUUUGUGGGAUUCAAUCAACUUAUUUCUGAUGGAAAGAUCUGCAGAAAUAAACCUGGGAACUCUGUAAA